UUUUUACUAAUAUGGCAACAUCUCCUCUGCUGUUUGCGUUGGGCCAGUCAGAUGGAGGAGGUGGGGUCAAGUGAUUAAGACAAAGGAGUUUCCUGCCCUGACAGGCCUUUAAACAAACAGAACUUAACAGCAGUUUAAGCGUAUCAUUCUAAAAGUGACUGUGUGCUGCUCCUUCCAGACAAAACGUAGCUCUGAUUAAAACCAAGCUGCUCCCUGCUGCUACGUUUAUUUUAUAUUACUCUGUAAUAUAAUACUUUAUAGUGUCGUAAUUUGCAAAAUAUUUAUAUUAAUGGAGCAGAUGUUUGAGGAUGCAAUACUGUAGUAUCGCUUUAAGUGUGUCUCUGUGAUUAUUCAGUGCACGUGUGUGAGACUGUGUCUAUGUCUGUCGCUGUUUUGGAAUCCAUCCCGUGUUGUAGUCAGAUCCCAGCCAGCAGCCUUACUUUAGCUGCAGGAGGAAGGGUGGAGGGUCAGGACGUCCUCCAGGUCUGAUGCUGUGGAGCAUGAACAGAUUCAGAAAAUAACUUUCCCCAACUGGAUAAAUGCUCAACCCACUAAGCAGGGGGCGGCAGCCCGGGGAUGACCCCCCGCUGAGAGCCACCGACAUGUCGGCCUGCGUGCAGCCGAGCAGCGGUCUCCUUCCACAGCAAAGCGUGGACAUCCCACAACAGGACCCGUCACCCGUGGAUGAGUCAGUGCCACUGGGUGACACCCUGAGACAAGGGCUGCAGGACGUUCCAGCCCAAAGCAGGGACCUCUGGACACAGCUGAGGAGCUUCACAGCUUCACGUGGAGCCCCAGAGCAGCUACGGAGAGUUCAUUCACUGCAGCAGACCCCCGCUCAUCUACAGGCUCUCAGAGGCGACACUGUGGAGACCAGAGAGGCCGAGUGGCCUGUCGCCUCAGCACAGGAAGGGUCCAGCAAAGACCUGGGUGAUGCUGAAAGUGACAGGAGGCGGAUGACUGUGGAGUGGAGACACCAGCGGAGCAGGUACAUGUUCCUAUCAGUAGUAUUUGAGUUGACUCAAGGUUCAUGUGCUUGUUGUGGAGCUUUUCAUCACACUACACAGGCUUCUUUUAACUCUCUCAGUGUCAGGAUGGCAUCUCUGGAGGCCCCCGCUGACCUCUCAGAUGAUCAGAUGGAACUGAUCUCACAAAAAAUACACAGGAUCAACACCAUCUUUAGAGAGUCUGUGGAAAUCUCCUCAUUCACUCCAACUGAUCAUCAACUAGUAUCUGACUUAAAGGUACAUUUUUACUAAAACCUUAAUUAAUUCUGUCGUAAUUGAUGCAUAUAUUGUUAUUA